AUGCCUAGUUUGAAUGCUGAAGAUUUGCCGCUUCUUUCACGCUGUUUGGAUUACGCUGUGAUAAAAGAACUCUGUUGGCCUUUAGCCAGCACCGCGCUGUCUCCAUCCAGUGGGUUCCCCCAAGCCGUGCCGUGCCGCAUCGCCAAGGCCUGGACGGGGGACGGACGUCUCCCACGGCAGCUCCCCACCCGCCCCGCAGCCACAGGCCCUUACGGGCCUGCACCGCAGCCGGGCUGCAACCCGCCUUCCUCUCCCGGGGCGGCGGGGUGCGGGGUGGCCCCCCGCGGGGUGUGUGGGGCCAGGCGGGGCGGAGCAGCCGGGUUCGGUUUGGUUUCGUCCCGCCGCAGGUACCGGGGAGAGGGGAUCGUGCCUGCCAGCCCCCGCGAUGUCUGGGAAUGCAUAAAGCCGGUGGCCGGCGGGCGCAGGACCAAGUGGGACCAAAACGUGAAGGACUUCGAGGUCGUCGAAGCCAUCAGCGAUACUGUCUCUGUAUGCAGAACCACGACCCCUUCAGCUUUCAUGAGGAUUAUUUCACCAAGAGAAUUUGUGGAUGUGGUACUAGUGAAGCAAUAUGAAGAUGGGACAAUGCUGUCUGCUGCCACCAAUGUGGAACACCCACUGUGUCCUCCUCAACCAGAUUUCGUGAGAGGUUUUAAUUAUCCCUGUGGCUGUUUCUGUAUACCUCUUCCAGGGGAGCCAGACAGGACUCAACUCCUCAGUUUCUUUCAGACUGAUCUUGGUGGCUAUCUUCCCCAGACGGUGGUGGAUUCCUUCUUUCCAGCUAGCAUAGCUGGAUUUUACAGCAACCUGACCAAAGCUGUUAAGGCAUUAAAAGCAUGA